AUGAAGUAUCUGAGAGCGUGCAGUAACUCCAUUGGACUUCUUCGACGCUUCACCUCUUCGUCUCCAGCGGGACCAAUCUCCGCAUUCUCUCCCCUUCGGACGAACUCGUUUACGGCUCCGAUCCAACCGGCAUUCCUCAGACGCACAAUGGCGACUGCGAUGGCCAAGCGCCUUGAAGGCAAGACAAUCCUCGUGACCGGUGCAUCAUCGGGUAUUGGCAAGAGCACCGCUCAGGAAUUCGCCCGCACCGCAUCCAAAAACCUGAAGCUUAUCCUGACGGCACGACGCAUCGACUCCUUGAACCAAGUUGCCCAGGAAAUAAAGGAUGAGGUCGGCGAUGGUGUCAAGGUCUUGCCGGUGAAGUUGGACGUCAGCAACGCCGAAGAGAUCAAGAACUUCGUGUUGUCCCUGCCGGCUGAAUUCCAGGAUAUCGAUGUCUUAGUGAAUAAUGCUGGACUUGUGAGGGGCGUCGCCAAGGCACCUGAGAUCGAUCCUGAGGACAUCAAUGUCAUGUUCUCCACCAAUGUGAACGGCCUGAUCAAUAUGACACAAGCCAUCCUCCCCAUCUUCCAGAAGAGAGCCGAUGGGGGUCGUGGAGAUAUCAUCAACAUUGGUAGCAUUGCUGGACGCGAAGCAUACCCAGGAGGCAGCAUAUAUUGCGCUACGAAAGCAGCUAUCCGGUCCUUUACAGACGCGCUGAGAAAGGAGCUUGUCGCCUCUAGGAUCAGGAUCAUUGAGAUCGACCCGGGUCAGGUGGAAACGGAGUUCUCCGUUGUCCGAUUUUAUGGCGACAAGAACAAAGCCGAUGCGGUCUAUGCGGGCUGCGAACCACUCACACCGGAUGACAUUGCUGAAGUUGUUGUUUUCACUGCGGGCCGACCGGAAAAUGUUGUGAUUGCAGAUACUCUGAUCUUCCCCAGUCACCAGGCGUCACCUACCACAAUGCACCGCAAGAAUUAA